AUGCUUUCUCGUCAUUCAUCGUUGGUUAAUCUCAUCUUUUAUUUGCUGAUACUGUCAGUGAUAAAUGCAAACUAUGAUUACGACGACAGUUUCAUGGAAUUUGCUUCAAGUGAAGGUGAAAGAGGGCUUUUUCCUAACAUAUUCAAUCUUGCGACAAAUGCUUUAAUCUGGGCAGAUGCAACAUGUGGAGAAGAACAUAAAGAAAUAUAUUGCAAACUGGUUGAACAUGUCUUUAACAGGCAGCCACAGUGCGAUGUUUGUGAUGCAAAUGACGCCAAAAAGCGGCAUCCAAUUGAAUUUGCUAUUGAUGGUACUCGACGUUGGUGGCAGAGUCCUUCUUUGGCUAAUGUGGCAUAUAUUAUCGUGAAGAGUGCAAUAGCUCCUCGACCAGGAACAUGGGUACUUGAAAAAUCGCUUGAUGGCAUUAAUUAUAAACCGUGGCAAUAUUACGCAACAAGCGACUCAGAUUGUAUGCGAGUUUUCGGUGUGCCAGCCACAACCGGUUUACCCAAAUUUCUAAAAGAUGAUGAAGUAAUUUGUACAUCAUAUUAUUCAAAACUUGAUCCACUGGAAAAUGGCGAAAUCCAUACCUCUCUUGUUAAUGGUCGCCCAACAGCUGAGGCCGCUUCGGAAUUACUUCAAAUGUUAGCUAAAUUGUUUGCUUGGGGUCCUUUUUCAGUAGAAGAUACAAUUUCUGAUUUGAUUACACUUAUACUUAUCGUUUGUUUGAGACGAAUGAUCGAGCUUUUUUGCCUGGAUCACUUAGGAAUAACGGAAUUCACUAGAGCUAGGUUUGUCCGACUUCGGUUAAUAAGUAUUCGUACAUUAAAUGCUCAUUUAAUGAUCAUUAACAAUCGGGCAUCAAGGCAUAGGCUUGAUAAAUCGGUUACGCGACGAUAUUUCUAUGCUUUAAAAGAUAUAAGCAUUGGAGGUCAAUGUAUUUGUCACGGUCAUGCUGAAAGUUGUCCACCGGAUCCAGUCACUGGUCAAUUUCGUUGUGAAUGUCGGCACAAUACUUGCGGUGAAUCGUGCAGUAGUUGUUGUCCAUUAUUUAAUCAAUUGCCUUGGGCUCAAGGAACUCAAUCACAUCCAAAUAUUUGCCAAGCUUGUCAAUGUUUUAACCAUGCUGACCGUUGCGAAUAUGAUCCAGAAAUCGAACGGCUUGGACUAAGCGUAACACCUGAGGGGAUAUUCGAAGGCGGCGGUAAAUGUAUCGAUUGCAAGCAUAAUACUGAUGGUAUUAACUGUGAACGCUGCAAAUGGACUUAUUAUCGUCCUUCAGGUAUAACUCAUUAUCGUGAGGACGCUUGCCGUCCAUGUGAUUGCGACCCGCUUGGAUCAGAGCAUAAUAAUUGCAGGCCUGGUGAUUGCAUAUGCAAGCCUGGAUUCGGAGGUAGACGAUGCGACAUUUGUGCUCGUGGUUAUCGCAGUCAUCCUUCGUGUGAGCCAUGUCCAUGUAAUCAAGCAGGAUCCUUGAAUUUCGAUACAUGCGAAGAAGAAAAAUGUGUUUGCAAAGCAAAUGUGGAAGGAAUAUAUUGUGAUCGGUGCAAAGAAGGAACUAUUAAUUUGAAUGCCAACAAUCCUAUCGGGUGUCAGACAUGCUUUUGCUUUGGUCAGAGUGGCAUAUGCAGCGAAAAGAAAUGGGAUAGAGGACAGAUUCGUGAUAAUAUCGGAUGGAACUUAACAGAUUAUUCACAGACAAAAUCGGUUAAGCCGAAGUCAGAAAAUGGAGAAAUGUUGAUAUACAAUAUUGAUGAUCACAAAAGUGAAACACUUCAUUACUGGAAAGCGCCAGCUAUAUUCCUCGGAAAUAUGUUAAAAAGCUAUGGCGGUUAUCUUCAUUAUUAUGUUUAUUUCGUACCUUCGAGUGAUGGCGAAUCUGUUCCAAUUCCCGAUGUCAUAUUAGAAGGAGAUGGCCUCAAAUUGGAAUAUCAUAGUAGACAAGAACUUUUUCCACGUGAAAAUAUAAGUAUGCUUAUUCCCAUACGGGAAACAAUGGGGUGGUAUAAUUCGGCGACGAGAACUGCAGUUGAUAAGACAGAUCUUAUGCGCGCUCUCGCUGAUGUUAAUAGCUUGCUUAUUCGAUCUACUUAUCAUCAAAAUCAGGUUCAAUCGAGCAUCUAUGGUCUUUCUCUCGAUACUGCUACUGAACCUCAAAAAAAAAAGGAAAUGGAGGACGAAAUGGAUGCUUCAAAGCCGAAAACUUUAAUAGAUACUUUGAUGAGAGGUGUUGAAAUCUGCGAAUGUCCCGAAAAUUUUUCUGGAACCAGCUGCGAGCAAUGUGUCGCUGGUUAUCGUCGCGUCAAUGCUCAGUUGUAUGCAGGUAAAUGUGAACAAUGUAUUUGUGAAGGCCAUUCAAAUAAAUGCGAUCCAUAUACUGGCCACUGCCUUGAUUGUCAGCAUAAUACUACGGGAUUUCGUUGUCAUCAGUGUUUACCUGGUUAUUAUGGAAAUCCUUCACUGGGAGGAGAAAUGGGACAAUGUCGAUCUUGUGCAUGUCCCACCAUUGAUAACAAUUUUUCUUCCCAGUGUGCGCUCACACAGUUAGUAGUCGAAGGUGUUGCUGCAUCUAGUGAAGAUGCCUACGUAUGUACCGCUUGUGAACAGGGCUAUGAUGGAAACAAAUGUGAAGUUUGUGCCGAUGGUUAUUUUGGCGAUCCAUUAGCUAUGAAUGGUUCAUGCCGACCUUGUGAAUGUAAUGGAAAUAUUGACCCAAUGGCAAUUGGGAACUGUGAUAGGACUACAGGAAAAUGCUUGAAAUGUAUUUAUAAUACUGAUGGUGAUCACUGUGAAUAUUGCAAGGAAAAUCAUUGGGGCAAUGUUAAUAAUAAAUCUUGCAAACCAUGUAAUUGUCAUCCGAAAGGAUCAAACGUCGCUAGCUGCGAUAAUUCAACAGGUUCCUGUGAUUGUCGUGAGAAUUAUGAAGGCGCUCAAUGUGACAGAUGCAAGGAUGGUCAUGGUGACAUUGAAAAUAAGUGUCCUUUGUGCAAGUGUAAUUCUACAGGUUCAUUUGGCAGUGAAUGUGAUCAGGUUUCUGGCCAGUGUGCUUGUAAAACUGGUGUAUUUGGCAAACAUUGUGAUAUGUGUCGUGCAAGUUAUUUUAAUUUCACUGAAUUCGGGUGCCAGUUUUGUCAUUGCAAUACAUAUGGUGCAAUUGAUAACGGAAAAUGUGAUAAUAUGACAGGAAAAUGUGAAUGCCGUUCAAAUGAAUGUGAAUGCGAUGAAAAAGGUUCUGAAGAUACCCAGUGCGAUAUUCACACUGGGCAGUGCAUCUGUAAGCCUGGAGUCACUGGACUGAAAUGUAAGAAAUGCGCACCAAAUCACUUUGGCAUGAGUGAAGAAGGUUGUAAAGAAUGUCAAAUAUGCCCUGCCCCCGGGCAGGUUUGCGAUCCUAUCACUGGGGAUUGUGUUUGCCCACCUAAUACGGUUGGUGAAAUUUGUGAAAAUUGUACGACUAAUGCAUGGGACUAUGAUCCCUUAAGAGGUUGUACAUUGUGUGAAUGCUCGGAUAUUGGUGCAGAUGGACCUGAUUGUAGCCCAGUGAAUGGUCAGUGUAAUUGUCGUUCUGGUUACGUAGGAAUUAAAUGUGAUCGCUGCACUCACGGAUAUUUCAAUUUUCCGAAUUGCGAACCCUGCAACUGUGAUCUAUCGGGUGUGGAUCCAAAAAGCUGUGGAAGUGAGGGGUCAUGUUUAUGUGAUGACAGUGGACAAUGUUCAUGCAAGAAGAAUGUAAAAGGAGAGAAAUGUGAUAUAUGCGUCGAACAUAGUUUCAGCCUGGAAAAGUCGAAUCCUUUAGGUUGUACAGAGUGUUUUUGCUUUAAUCGAACGAAUUCAUGUAAGCAAAGCAACCUUGUUUGGCAGCAAAUAUAUGCCGAUGAUCGUGAAGUUAAUUUUAAAUUGAUCAAAUGUUUAAUGAGCGUAAUAUUCCAAGAACCGUGGCAAUAUUUUACUCGUAAACAUAAUAUCAACAUUCUGAAGGAAUAUCCUCAACGGUAUAAUAGUUAUCCGGCAGAUGUUUCACCGGUAUAUUGGCCAAUGCCGAUGAGUUUUCUUGGUGAUAAAACUACUUCAUAUAACGGAUUUAUACGGUUCAAAGUGGUAAAUUCCGAUAACCAGCGUGGUAUAGAUGAGCGGAUUCCAGAUGCACAGUACUUUCGCUAUUUUCCUCAAAUUGUUUUGAUUGGAAAUCAUCGCAUUAUUUUGGAGUAUGUGCCUGAUGAUAUCAGUGAUAAUGGCAGAUAUAAAGUGAAGAUACAUGAGAGCCAAUGGCAUUCUCGACUAAGCCCCGAAAUCCCAGUCUCCAGAAAACUGAUGAUGAUAGCGUUACAAAAUAUCCACAGUUUAUACAUAAGAGCCACAUAUAACUAUCCAGCAAGGGGCGAUUUGGCAGCAAUCAAGGAAGUAAGUAUUGAUAUCGGCGUAAUGGAAAAUGUUUCUGAUACUAAUGCUGUGGCCACUGGUGUUGAAAUGUGUGAAUGCCUAAAAGGAUAUGCUGGUUAUUCGUGUCAAAAUGCAGAUGAAGGCUACUGUAGAAAGAGACAGCCGGAUUAUUUAAACAGUGAGGAUGACCUUAUGUUAAUUGGUUGGUCGGAACCUUGCGCAUGCAAUGGUCAUUCAACAACAUGUAAUCCGGAAACUUGUAGAUGCAUUAACUGUGAACAUAAUACAUUCGGUGAUUACUGUCAAUAUUGCAAACCUGGAUAUUUCGGAGACGCAUUGUUACCUGGUCCAUAUGUUUGUACAAAAUGCGCCUGUCCCUUAGCAAACAAUAGUUUUAGUAAUACUUGUGUAGCAGUUAAUAGUGGACGUGGAUACCUUUGCGACUCAUGCAAGCCAGGUUAUACUGGAUUAUAUUGUGAAACUUGUAUCAGCGGUUUCUUUGGCAACCCAAAUGUAGAAGGAGGUUUUUGUGCUGAAUGUGAUUGUCAUCCAAAUGGAUCUAAGCAUGGCGUAUGUGAUGUUAACACUGGACAGUGUGAAUGUCACGAGGGAAUCACUGGUCGAGACUGUUCGCUGUGUCAGGAACGACAUGCAUUCGUUGGUGGGAUAUGUUUAUCUUGCGAUCAAGCUUGUACUGCAGAGCUUAUGACUAUGAUAGACGAACUUGAAAGAACUCUUUCAUCACAAAAUUUUUCUGGUCUCCGACCAAUUCCCUGGAAACGAAUCGCACGUAUAGGAAAUGACAUUAAAAGUUUACAUGCAAUAUUGGAUUCCAUCCAGUUAGAUAAAAGUGCUGCAGAAUCCUUGAUAAGCGAAAUAGGUACCAAUAAAAUACCUUUGGUAGAAAUGAAGGCUGUAGUUGAUCAAGCACGUUAUAUCCAAGAGCGAUCUAAUAAAUCGAAAAACAAGAUUGAUGAAAUCGUUUAUGAAGCAAUCGCACUUGGCAAAAGUGUUCAAAAAGAACACAGCAGGGUGUAUGGUUUGGUUCAACAACUCAUUCAUUAUGUGUCGUUUGGUGGUCAUGGUGAUGGAAAACUGGCCAAUUUGUUAACUGACGUCAUGCUACAUGAAACUAGAUCUUACUUGGAUGCAAUAAAAGAACGAGGACAAUAUAUUGACAAGCGGCAUAAUCGUGGUAUCAUUGAAUUUGAUAAAGCAGAAGAACUAUUAAAGAAAAUAACAUCGAAAAAAUUGAAUAACACAGUUUUUGAAUCACUCAAACAACGUUUGCAAACUUUUCGCCAGUGGGUAGAUGACUACAGAGCUACGGUUUGGGAUCAUGCACGUCAAAAUACUCUAGCAGCUAACAGAGUUUCUGGCGUUGUGUCAAAAAGAAUAGAACGCUUUAAUGAUGUUGCUUCAAACAUCACAGAUAUAUUAGUGAAAGCUACUAAUGAAAUUGGAAUGGCUGAAAAUAUGGUAGUAGAAGCGAAAACUGACAAAAUUUUGAGUAUGUACGACGAUUUUAAGAAUCUUAACGAUACAUUAUUUCCUAUAAUACGAGAAACUAUGGAGAAAUGUCAAGGAGAAGCCGAUAAAUAUGGACAAUUGCUCAACGAAUAUCGUCGAGAGUAUGGUGAUGGGAGUAAUUACCAUGCAAGUAAACUCGAAAGCGAAGCAAUUGGAUUGCAAAGUUCUUUCGUGGAUACGAAAAUGGCGGCCGCGAAUCCACUUCGUGCUUCAAAUGCGUAUAAGGAAAUUGUCGAUGCUUUGCGAAAUGCAUUGAAUGCUUCCGAAACAGCAAAAAAAGCAGCUGAACAUGCUUAUAAUGAACUGGAUCCGAAAUCAGAGACGUCCAUGGUUAAUAUCGCAUUACAAUCGCGUAAUAAAAGUCUUGAUUUGAAAAAAGACAGUGAAAUGAACUUAAAUGAUUUAACGAAGGAAAGAUUGGAUUAUAAGAACCGCUUAGACGUUGUUAGAAAAACGAUAUCAGAUAGACAGAAGAAAAAAUCGCUCAUAAGCGAGCAGUAUCAAACGUUUGAUGAUCAACAUGAUCGUAUGACUGGUUUGGUGAAUGCAGCUGGUGAUUCUGAAGAUCGUGCAAAAGGCGUUCUGGAAAAGGCGAAUAAAAUUAAUGCCAAAAUCAAAGAAGUCGAUGAAUCUGUUUCAAAUUUGAAAAAAUUUGCUAGCGAAAGUAUUCGAGAGAUCAUUGAUAAUGUUCGUGAAGCUAAUACAGAAGUUAAAACUGCAGUAGACCACAUUGAGAAAGUAAAUCGACAAACAGAAGAAGAUGCUAAGAGAAUUGGCGAUUUGGGAAAUAAAAUUGCUAUUUUGCAAGAAAAAAUCAAAGAAGCUCGGGAAAAAGCGUCAAGAAUAAGGAUUUCAAUGAAAUCAGAUGAAGAAGGCGCUUGUAGACGAUCAUUUACUUCUCCGAUCCAUCCGUCGCCAUCCAAUAAAUUCUCCAUUAAAUAUCGACCGUUUUGGAAUGUACCUGAUUCGUUAAUCUUUCUCACCCGUACAAAAGCCAAACGUACUCAACCUGCUGAAUAUCUUGCAAUGGAAUUACGUAAUCGGCGAAUAGUCGUGCACUGGGAUAUUGGGUCGGGUGCACGCAAAGCAACUAACACGCAUACAAUCAAUUAUAUUACACCUGGUGAUAGAACUGCAUGGUACCAUAUAAAUAUCGAAAGGAUUGGAAAUUCUGUGGUUGUUACCGUAGCACAACGGCAAACAAUAAUGGGUGAGGGUGUUAGAGCAAUAGACGAGCCAACUACAGUAAAAGUUGGGAAAUCAGAAGAAGAUUCUGAUGUAAUUUUCAACACAGUCCCUGGAGAAACUAAAAUACAAUUCGGGAUCGAUGCAAAUUUGGCGAAAGAAUUAGGCUUUUCAACUAAUAAAUUUUAUGGAACGAUUGGUGGCUUCACUGUGGAUGAUGCACAUUUGCCAUUAUGGUCGUUUUCUCAGUCAAAUCAAGCAUGUGAGGGCGAUUUCGCUGCACCAGUUACUGCUUCAACUGGUCACAUUUUUCGCGAUGGAUUCGCGCAGAUACGAUUACAAUCGGUUGAAAGGCCUAGCGGAGCACAGAUCACUAUGAUUUUUUCUGCUUAUUCGCCAGAUGGUUUACUUUAUUUCCGCGGAAACCCAAGUAGCACUGAGUUUGUGGAUAUUGAGCUGCGCGAUGGCCGAAUUGUGUUCAAAGUUAAUCUUGGUGAUGGGUCUUAUGCUGGUGUUCAGUCAAAGAAGUCUUCCUACAAUGAUGGCCGUGUACAUAAUGUUCGUGCUAUACGAAAUAAUGGCGAAAUGCACCUUCAGGUUGAUAAUGAAAACGACCGCAGUAUGCAGAAGAUUCCUGGAAAAAAUGGUGUAUUAAGUAUUCAUGAGUACGAUCAUUUUGUUGGCGGUGUUCCAUCUGAUUUCAAUAAGACUGCAUUCGAGCAGUUUGAUAUACAUUGGAAUGGAUUCUUUGGAUGUAUUCAGUCCGUAAAACCUUCUCAAGUGACUGAACUCGAUCUUGAUCAUACAAUUCGAUCGCAACGCAAAUCGCAGGGAUGUUCAUUUAAAAAUAAUCGUCUGGAACCUGCAGAUCGAAUUAUAGGCUUUGAAAAGCCUGGAUUCCUUAUAAUUGAGGGUGUUCAGUUAUCAGAUAAUUCAACAUUGGCGUUCGCUUUUCGAACUCGAACAGCAAAUGCAACUCUGCUUUUCCAGUCGAGCAAACUUACUACAUUUAGAAGACGUGAGCGAGAAACUGAUUCAUCUUACGGACAGGGCUAUUUGGCCUUUUAUCUAUAUCGUGGUUAUUUGGUUGUACAUUUGGGUAUAGAUGCUUCACAGAGAAGUAAAGUACUAACGCUUAGAUCCGAAAAUGUUUAUAAUGAUGGUCAAUUACAUUCAGUUUUUCUUUCUCGGCAAGGAAUAAUGAUCACUUUACGAGUAGAUGAUCGUGAAGUUGCUUCGGGAACAUUAAUGGAUCAAACGACCAUUGGUGCGCCUUCUAUGCAAAUAUUUAUUGGUGGAUUCCCAGAUAAAAUAAGGCCGUCAAGUAGUGAAAUGCCGAUGGCUGAAUCUUUUAUCGGAUGUAUUUCCCAUAUUUUCAGUAAUUAUGAGAUGGUGCCGAUUAUACCUGAUGCGCAUUUGGCAAUAAUCGGAUCUUGUCCCGUUGGUCCCUUUUCCACAUCAUCUUCAGAUGAGCCACUUACCGAUCACCAAGCAUUUGAUCGAAAAGCAUCCAAGAUUUCUUUGCAUAAAAUCGAGCCAACUUUGUCAACCUCUGAUAAAUAUAUCUACGCAGAUGCACAAGUUGCCGCUGCUUCCGGUAGAUUGCUUCCUACUGACCUCCCUAAUGACCGUGUGCCGAUCGUCGUUCAUGGUUCUAUAAAUACUCAGAUCCGCAGUACGAAACUACCAUCUAUGAAAUGUAUGUCGGCCAUCACAGCGGAUGAUGAUGGUGAAGGUUCCGCUCGAUUUGGCGUCUCAGAAAGUAGUCACAGUCGACUUAAUUUCAUUAAUCACUAUCCCAACAUUUUUGAAUUUCGAAUUGGAUUUUCUUUUCGGACUACAGAACCCAACGGUAUGUUGUGGAUUUGGGCAAAUUAUAAAAGUUAUUCGCGAUAUGUCUUCUUGAAUCUCAUCAAUGGUCGUUUGAAACUCGAAGUUAGUAAUUAUCUUCUUCUAACAGUUCUUACUAUUUUACUAUUGGUUAAGUUGGCUCCGCUGGCUGCAAGGAUGCGGACUUUCGUUUUUAUGGUGAUCUCGCUACUGCUUCACAAAGGCAACUGGAAGAAUGCAUUUCUAGCUAUCGUUAUUCGAGUUGUAAUUCCGCCUUUUGCUUGGCCAUUUGGGAUUAGGGCCCUUAAAACAUUCACUUAUAACUCGCCGAAAUUAAAUGAUGGACAUUGGUAUAAUGUUACGAUUAUCAAGGAUAAUCGAGAAAUCUCAAUGAAAGUUGAUACUUUUCCCAUGCAGAAUGCAUCAGAUAUGCCAAGUCCAAAAGUAAUGAAAAAAAGGAUGUAUGUUGGUGGGGUGAUAUCUCGCCAUCGAAAACAAUUUUUAUUGACUACACCUGGUUUCACCGGCUGCAUUAGGAAUUUCACAGUCGCUGAUAAGACUUACGAUUUAUUCGUCUCUUCUCGCGAUGUUAUUCCUUGCUCAGUUCCAUCACAGUCCUUCUAUGUUCAUGUUGGAGGAUAUUUUAAUUUUGGUCCUAUGAAAACAUUUAACAAUCGAAAUGAUAUUCAUAUUAGCAUUCAAUUUCGGCCAGGUGUAGAAAGUGGUCUUGUAUUCAGCUUGAUGAAUAAAGAUUCAGACAACAAUGCAUGGAUUAUAAUUUAUUUAAAAGAUGGGCUGGUAAUAUUCGAAUUAUUUGCCGCAAAACAGCGACUUGAUUUGAAGCACUUCUUUAGUGGUAAUAUAUGUGAUGGAAAUUGGCAUAAUUUAAGUUUACAAAUGUCGUAUAGAAACAUUAUACUUAGUUUGGAUUUGGAAAUCGAACAUAAAUCAUCGGAAAUAAAUAGUGAAUCGAUCAAUCUGUUUCGAAAUCUUCCCGUUUAUAUCGGUGGAAUGCCAGCAGCAUCUUUCGAAAAAAGCCACAUCUCAUCAUUAAUCGGCUGUUUCCGUAAUUUUCGUCUUUCCGGUGAAGUUGUGCAGUUUAAUAAGGCAAAAAAAUCAUUUAAGACAAUUCUAAAUAGUUGUCCAUUAUCAAAUUAA